AUGCAACCCAAUUUGAUCUCACAACGCGAUCUCCUUGGAUGCAUACAGUGUUGGUCUGGAGUUGGGAAGUGCAUCAUUGCAUCUGACUCUCCAUCUCGAUACGAAUUCGCUGUGGCGCGAGAAUUCUUCCAAGAACUGGGGAGUCCGUUUCAUGUCGUCGUUGCCUUGAAAGCCGCUGAUGAGGGGAAUCUUCUGCGGCCAAAAUAUAUCGAUAAAGCAAUAGAAAUUGAGGAUUUUCUUCAGUAUAAGCUGAAAGUAGAACAUGAGGGAAAGAAGUAUUCUUAUUCGGAUUUUUGUGGGACGCAGUGUGAAACUAGUGACGCGGUGAGUAUAUUCCUGACAAUGUUUCGUGAUCAGCAGACGAAAGGCAAAAAGCAUGUAAAGUUGACGUAUCCGUCGAUGGACGUGUUUGGUCAUCGUGUUUAUUUGGCCAACAACAUCUUUAUGAGCUUGGAAGAGCCGAAAACAGGUAGAAACUCUGUUACUAAACUCUAUAACAAGAAUGGACAUCUUCCGAAAAUUCCGGCAACAUCCUCUAAAGAGUGUUCGAUGUGA